UGAAAAAGAAAGUUUAGCGCGAACAGCAAUGAUGUCGUCUGUGGAACAGCUCUUACGAGCUGCGAAAUAUCUGGAAAUGCAAGAUCGGCAUCAUCAAUACGGUGGAUUGUCGCCACCCGAUUCGCCUGUGGCAACUAGUGAUAAUCAUUUAAUUCAAUUCAAUGGUGACGUUAUUACAAAUACAGCGCCUAGUCGGAUUGACGCCCGAAACGAAGAACCAUUCCUAAAUGAGCACACUGUAGCGCGCCCAUUAGUAGUGAUACCAUCCCAAAAUCACCAACAACACCUCAACAAUAAUCAUCACCACCACCCUACCCAUUCCCUAUCGCCGCAAUCAUACGAUGCGUCACGCAGUCGAAGCUCAUCAUUAUCAUCCAACCCAAUUACAGCAAAUUGUGUACAUCAUGUAUUAACCGGCGGUGAAGAUUCAUCACAAUCUAGUCUAAAUUUAAGUGCGUCCAGUGGUUAUUUGAGCGGUAGCAGUGCAAAUUCUAGCGUAGGUGGUAGCAAUUUAAAUUUAAGUGGAAUAGCAUCAGCCGCACCGCUAUCAACAAGUUCGACGUCAUCGCUACAUGUGAAUGGCAGUCCGGAUCAUCAAGCACCGCAACCUCAACAGUUAACAAACAAUCGGCGGAGAACGAUCAGCUCAAAUAGUAACGGUGGUAUACAACACAGCCCAUGCAUUCUCAGGGCCGGCACACGAGAAGUUCACAACAAGUUGGAGAAGAAUCGCCGGGCGCAUUUGAAGGAAUGUUUUGAGCAGCUGAGAAAACAACUUCCGUUCAACCAAGAAGAAAAGAAAGCAUCGAAUCUGUCGAUUCUAGGCAAUGCAAGUCGAACCGUUCAGUCGCUGAAACGAAAAGACCGUGAAUUAGAGCAUGAAAUGGAGAGAUUAGCUAAAGAAAAGGUAGCUCAUCAGAAGAGAAUUCUAGUACUGAAGCGAGAGCUGAGCCAACAGUUCGGUCACGAUGUUGUCCUUGCCGAUCCAGAAUUACCUGGAACCGUUAGCCUUCGUGAACGAUUUUCAUCUGAAUCUCUUAGCGAACCCUCGUUGCCAAGCUCGGGCCGUGCCCGGUAUAGCUCCACCAGUUCGCUGUCAAGUGCUGCAACUGCAACAUCACCUUGUACUGCUGGUGUUCCGACUCAGUCUGCAAUGACAAUAUCGAAUGUGAUAACGUCAAAUGUCCAAUCACCUGCUUCGUCGCCACAACGUCCACUUUCGUCCAGUCCAACGACCAUACCAUUGUCGCUAAUCACAACCACAAAAUAUUCCACUUCAUCAAACGAUUCGUCAUCGUCGCUGAAAAUCACACCGGUUGUACCGAAUGGUCUGUCGAAUGGUUUAACCAAUGGCAUCACCGCUCACCAUCACAAUGGUGGCAAUCAUAUCGCAAUUAAUUUUACGACAAGCGAAGGUGUUUCACCUGCUCUCAUAACGGCAACCAGUUCAGCAAUGCCAAUUAAUUUAAAUGGAUCGAAGGCUGCUCAAAUUAGUCAAGGACUGCAAAUCAUCACCACGACCAAUAACAACAAUAUCACAACGAAUAAAAUGUUGAACGGCAAAAAUGGUAUGCGGACGACAAUUGAGCAUCAGCAGAUCCAGUCGCAACAAGUUUCGUUACAUAAUACCAAUGGGAGUAGAAGCGACAUAUCCAAAACGGACGCGUCCAAAAAAUCUGAAAAUGAACCACCAACUAAAGUGCUGAAGCUGAUAAAUGGUAGCGCUAUUCUGGCAUCGGUUGUGGAUAAGGAUCAUAAACUGAUCCCGGCUGGUCUGCAGGUAGUUUCACUUCCAGUACGUGUCAUUGGGCCUAGUCCGAUGGCAACAAUUGACCUAAGUAAUUCAAAUGUCCCACGAAACCACAACCAUUUACAAACGGCAAAUGGGGCGCAACUGCAAAAGUUGCUGGUUAAUGGUACGCAAGCGAAUAUCACCACCGCAAACACUGUUAUGACAACAACAACCAAUAAAAUUACCAACGAAUUUCCUCGCCUACCUGGCGGCGCCGAACUAAACAUUUUGCCAACUGGAACGAAUGGCACAAAUCUGUAUCGCACCAACGGUAAAGUGGCGAUCAUCAAUAACGGAUUUAACAUCAAAGAAUUUCUGAAUACUAGCGAUGUGAAUCAAACGAACGGUCGAUCUGUUCAUAUGGUUACACCCGUGCAAUCCAAUUCAACACCCAUAUCAGGCUUAACGCCGAUCGUCGUAUCGCAAGGACAGAAUGGGACUAGCUUAGCUCAUAUCAUUGCACCGUCAUCACAACUUGCUGGAAAGGUUGUAACGACACCACUAUCCGUGAAUGGACAAGGCCUACCAAUGAUGGGCACACAGUACCUGAGCACAGCUGUUGUAAAACCAGUUGUUGUCACCGUAGCGGGUAGUGGCAAUACCGUACAUAAUGGAUCCAUUACUCUGCCAAUAACAUCCACAAGUGCAACUAAUAGUAGCAAUUUGUAAUUAGUUUAAUAAGAAACAAAAGAAAAGAAAACAACAACAACAAAAGGAAAAACUGAGAAACAAAUAAUAAUAUUCCUGGUCACGUACACACGCAUUGAGUUUAAUUUUUGUUCUCUUCAUCCUGAUUAUUUUCAUCCAUACAAUAUAUCGGUUAGUGAAUCGAAGCUAAAGGAUUUUUUUUUAUUUUUGGAUUUCUUGUGUUGUAAAGAAAUUAAAUAAUAAUUUUUUUUGUUUUUUAUUUUUUAAUCGGGAACAAUAAUGUUUUAAUGUAUAAGUGAGUGUAGGAUCCAUUUUGUUUUAGCAAAUGAAAAAUAUGAAAAGAAAAAGAAAAAACAAAUCAAAAGAAAUGAAAAAAGAGAAGAAGAUUAUUUCCACAAGAAAUUAAAAUAAUUUUAAAAAAAUAUUAAAAAUAAAAUUAAAAGUUAAAAAUAAAACAAAAACAAACAAAAAAAUGAAGAAAAAAAACCGUAGAUUUUGAAAUUAUGAAUGUUUAUUGUAAGAGAAAAAAAACAAAAAAUAAUUUAUUACACAACAAGCAUAUAUAUAUAUAUUACCUUUCUUCCGUUCUCCAGUUUUCCUUCAUCCAUUUAGGUAAUUUAAAAAGAAAAUUCAUUUCCUUCCAAAAUUUGUAAAUAAAUUUCUUCUGUUAAUUUUUCCCUGUCUAUCCAUCAAUGAUUGUCCUUCAAUAUCCCUUUUUUUAGUUAAAUAACCCACACAAUAUUUAAAAAAUAAAUACAAUUAUUUACUACACACACAAACACACACACACACACACACACACUCGUAAUUCUUUAAGGUACCUAAUUUUUAUGUUAAACAUUUUUUUUUAAAUUAAAACUUUUAGUUAAGAGAAUUUUAUUAUAUUUUUUUUGUUGUUAAAAAUCUUUGACUUAAUGUGAAAUCAAAAAAUAAAAAAUAAUUUAAAAAAUAUUUAUUUGUACAAAAAGAAUAAGCGGGAAAGAAAGUGUAAAGGUCGUCUACAUUAUGUGUCUGAAUCAAAAAACAAAAAAGAAAAGUGAAGAAAAACAAAACAGAAUGCAUAAAAUGAAAUUAAUAAUAAUUUAGUCGAGGCGCUUUACAAAAUAUACAAAAGCCAAACCAAUUUUUCUAUUUUUAAUUAUUCGUUAUCUUCAUUUAGUUAAAUCAUUAAAAAAAAUCUACCGCAAUUUAUGGCCGACGAUUAAACAAAACUGAACUUAAAAAUACAAAAGGUGAGAAAAAAAAUUAAUUUAACAAAAAACAAAUUUAAAAACGAAAAAAACAGUUAAAAAAUGAAGAGGAAAACAAAUUUACGGAAUAAGUUUAAUUUAUUGUUGUUUUAGGUUUUAAAUUAUUAAGUAUUAUGAAUGGAAAAAGUGUUCGGUAAAGAAGAGUAUAACAGAAACAAAAAUUCAUGAACAAUACACUACGUGCGACUAGUUUAAAGCAUUUCAACCUUAAUCUUCGUCGAUACUUUCGUCUUCUUUCUUUUAUUUUUUUUUUAAUAAUCUUGUCGCCUCAUCAACAUUUUCCAUGAAAAUCUCUGUUUUUUUUUUAAAGAAACUUUUCUUAAUUUCUCUACACACACCGACACAUCCAUAGCUUCGGAUUCAAUUUCCAUUAAAUGUUUUCCGUUUUAAUUUCAAUUUUGCCGCAUUUGCAAGGAAAUCUUAACUACAGUUAGGGACAGUGAAAUUUCAGCAUGAAUUUGCUUCAGCCGUUUUUCAGCUCAUCUACACGAGUAAAUCUGUACUUGUGCUUGUACACGGCUGAAGCAGGUGUGUAGUAGGCGCGGGUUAGUGGUAUAAACCGUUUUUAUUGAUUGUGUGGAUCAACUGAAAAACAGCUCAACCAAAUUCAUGCUGAAGUUUCACUGCAUCUGACUGCGAUAGCAUUGACACAAUAAAUAAAAUCGUUGACGAGCUCAUUCACCAUUUAAACCAGGACCAAUUUAAAAAAAAUUGUUUUGCUAAAUUUGUUAAAAGUUUCCGAAAUUUGCUUAAUUUUCGCAAAACGAGUCAAAUUUUAGGUAAAUUUUUGCAAAUCUUUAACAAAGUUUUUGAAAAUUUUGUCCAAUUUUAGCAAAAUUAACAAAUCAAUUUUCUAAAAAUAGAUCCUGAGAGCUACUUUAAGGAAUGGAAUCGUCAUCGAAGAGUCGCACCGCGAACUUUGGGCAAUUCACUCAAUCUUUUCUCCAGUGAAAAUUUUCUCGUUUUGAAAAAAUGCCAAGCUGAUUUAGACGAUGGCUUGAGCAAACUGGCAAGUCAACGGAAAUCGAAUCAGUAAAAAAGAAAAAUGGAGUUCAGAUGUCCGGUUGAUCAUCUGAGUUUUAUGUUGCGUACAAGGUUCGGCGAGCGCUGAUAGCGAUGCUUCGUUUCCAUUUACCAUUUUAAAUAGCGAUUCGCUAGUAAUCCAAUACUCAUCUCGUGACCAGAAUUUUCAUUUUCGAAUGGCUUCGCAAGUAAAAUACCUCACGACCUUGUUUGGAGAUUCUCCUUGUCAAGCUGAAAAAUCUUUUCCAAUCAAAAUUUCCAGAUAAUUUUCGUCCCUUUAUUAAUAUCUCAUUGAAACGAAUAUGUGUUGAUACGUGUGUUGUUUGACAACUAACGAAAUGGAAUUGCUUUAAAGAAGAAAAAAUCAAUCGAAACAAAGAUUGUAAAGUGACUUAUAAAAUAGUCUCAUCUUUUACAGACCCGUACUAAUACGUCAUUGGCUUUUUAUUUUAUUUUGUUGUUAAAUUAUUUUAUUGGGAAAGGAAACGAAAUCAGUGAAACCAAAUCAGUGAUUUGUAUAACUAUUAAAAAAAAAGACUUUACUAAAGAAAACAAAAUCAAUUUUGUAAGGAAAAUUGGACUUUAGUUAUUUUUGUUUGUAAAUAGAAACCAAAAAAAAAAUGAAAAAAAAUUAUAAAUAAAUUAUUCACUUUUAAAAACUGUAAAUAAAGAGAAACAAGAAAAAAAUCAAAUGAAAACUUUUUUAUCUCUAAACUAAAGACCACUCAAAACAGCAACAACUUAAUAAAAAAAAAAUGAAAACGAUUAAAUAAUUAAUAGAAAAGUUCGUAAUAAUUAAAAAUUUAAACAAAAACCAACUGUGUUUCUCAUCCCCCGCUCCUAAUCCUCCCAACAAGCUUAAAUCGACGAUUGCAAAAAAAAAAGGUUUCUCCCUAAAAACUUCACACAAAAAAUGAAACAAAAAACCUAAAAAAACAAACAAUUUUUAUCAAAAUAUUUUAACAAACAAAAAAAAUCAUUUUUAUCCAUUAAAUCGUACUCAUUACAUUGAAUCAUGUACCUUCUGAAGAAUCGAUUCACAUUUUUGACUUAAAGUUACACAACAUUCAUGGAAGAAGAAAAAAGCAAAAAACAAAAGGCACUCAUCUGUUUUAACAAGAGGACACGAUUUAACAUUAAAAAACUAUUAAAUAGGCACCGCCUUUCGAUCGAUCAGAUCUGAUUGAAAGAUAAUAAUUUAAGAGAAAUCAAUAAAAAAGUUUUAAAAAAAUAAAAAAAUAAAAACGAAAAAGAAAAACUAAAGUUAACGGCAUUGCGGCAAUUUGGGGAAAGAGAUGUGACAGACUAAUAAAUAAUAACAAAAGUGAAAAUUAAAUGAUAAUUGGAAACAAAUAAAACAUUUGAUGGUUGGUAUAAAGACCCAAACAAAAACAAUUAAUUUAAGGAAUACAACAACAACAAAGGUUAUAUGAAGAAUUUUAUUCAAACAACAACAAAAAGAAAAUUAUGUUUUAAACAACUGAAUGAAAAAUGAUUAUAUUUUAGUAUACAUUCACAGAACAUUAAGGAAGAGAGAGUGGGAGAUAUAAACAUAAAAAUGAAGAAGACGAAAUGGUAAAUUGUAAAUAGAUUCAUCUAACAUUAAUGUACAUUCUAUUAAAAAGAAACAAGAUAAUAGAUAAAAAAUUAAAACACAAAAAAACAGCUAAAAAUUACUAAAUUUGUCAACAAAAAAACUAACAAAAUAA